GAUGUCUGUCAUCAGUAAGUCAUCCUGUUGUGCACUGGUCCCGCUGGAAGGCUCUUGCGGUGUUGAUUGUUGCCACGGCGCUCAUGGCUUGCUGUGCUGACCUUUGCACUGAGAACAUCGAGCCUAUCCUGACUCACUCCUCCAUCUCUCAGUACUUUAUUGGGGUCACCGUGUUGGCCAUGGUCCCAGAGCUGCCCGAGAUUGUAAAUGGGAUCCAGUUUGCGCUGCAGAAUAAUAUUAGUCUGAGCCUUGAAGUGGGCAGUUGCAUCGCUGUUCAGGUCACAAUGAUCCAGAUUCCUCUGCUCAUUCUCUUCAACGCCUUUUAUGAUGUUGGAUUCAUUCUUGUGUUCAGUGAUAUUCAUCUGUGGGCCAGCAUCUUUAGUGUCAUCUUGGUGAACUACAUCUUCAUGGAUGGGAAAUGUGACUACUUUCAGGGCACUGCCCUGGUGGUGGUUUACCUGAUCCUUUUGGCUCUUUACUUCUUUGCUCCUUCUCCACGCUCAUGUUAAUCUGGGAUCCCUGAUAUUUUUCCCUCAAAAAUAUUGAAUUAACUAUUUUCUUCUGAUUCCAUCUCAAAAUAUGGGAAUUCCAGCAAUUUUUGUCAAUGUUUAGUGAUUUAAUGUGUUUGCAGGUCUCUGUAUAUGUUUGAGAUUAUGUUGUUAAAGGACUUAUUGUAAGGUUACUUCAAAAUUAUAGUUAUUACUCCUAAUAAAUGAAUAAAUUCA